CUCUCCUAAAACUAACGUUUUUGAGCAACCAGCUACGUUCUGACACUGGGUUUUUCCACUCCUAAAACAGCGGUUCCUAAUACGACACCGUUUUGUCCACCUUCUUCUUCCAGAUCUGAUGGUGCUGUACUCUGGUAUACUUUCUUUGUCACCAAGAUUUUGCUUCCCCAACUCGUACAUGGGUUCUACAGUACUCUUCAAUACUGCGCACAACUCCGCAUGCCUAUUUCGUAAUAAACGAAGCCGUAACCGAACCAUACACAAUCAGUAUUCAGGCUUUCAUAAAAAAUUAAGGCCUGGCUUAAGCAAUAUUCUAUAUAAGGUCCCCAACAAGGUUACAAACUUGGUUGCUUCAUCAUCAUCAUCAUAUUCUACUUGUCAAGAUAAGUAUGAAGUGUUUCUCAGUUUCAGAGGUGAGGACACCCGUGAUGGCUUUAUUGGACAUCUUUAUAAUGCUUUGUGUCAAAAGCAUAUCCUGACCUUCAAAGAUGACGAAAACCUAGAAAGUGGCCAUAAGAUUUCAGAAAUUAUGGAGGCCAUUAAGGAAUCUAAGAUUUGCAUAAUAGUUUUUUCCAAAGACUUUGCUUCUUCGACAUGGUGUUUGGAUGAGGUGGUUCGCAUACUUGAUUGCAAAAGAUAUGGCAACGAUAUCAUAAUACCCAUUUUUUACGGCAUAGAGCCAUCCAUUGUACGCAAACAGGAUGGGAGUUAUGCAGAAGCAUUUAACAAACAUGAACAACGUUUCAAGAACAAAAUGGACAAGGUGCAGCAAUGGAGGGAUGCUCUCAAGGAAGUGACCAAUCUCAGCGGCUAUGAUUCAAAGAAUUUUAGGCCCGAAUACAAGUUUAUUGAUAAAGUUGUUGAAGAUAUCUUGUUGAAAUUGUCUAAAUACCCAUCAACGUAUGAUCAUUCCAAGCAGGGCUUGGUUGGAAUUAAAAAUCAGAUCAAAGAAGUUGAAGGAUUAUUAGGCAUUGGCUCAAUGGAUGUUCGUAUCAUUGGUCUUUAUGGCAUGGGGGGUAUUGGAAAGACCACCCUUGCUGAGGCUGUAUUUCAAAACUUAUACCAUCAUUUCGAAAGUCAUUGCUUUCUUCGCAUUGAUAGAGAAGAAUUUCAUUUGAGAGAGAAACUUGUUCGUGAAUUGUUAAAGGAUAAAACAGACAAUCUAAGCAUGGAAUCCCCAAGUAUUCAAGACAGACUCAGACGUACAAAGGUCCUUAUUGUCUUGGAUGAUUUGGAUGAUGUGACAUCCCAAUUUGACAACUUAUUAUCUAUGUACAAGUUUGGUGGUGGAAGUAGAAUCAUUGUAACAUCUAGAGAUGUGCAGGUGCUUAGGACAGUGGCUGAUCAAGUUUAUGAGGUUAAGAGGUUAAAUGACUUUGAAGCUCUUGAGCUCUUCCAUUUGCAUGCUUUUAAGCAAAAUUCGGAUCUUGCAAGAGAUUAUGCUACUUUAUCAGAAAAAAUGGCAAAUUACACCGAUGGUAAUCCAUUAGCUCUUAAAGUCUUGGGUUCUUCUCUUUACUCCAAGAGCAUAAAAGAUUGGGAAAGUGCAUUGGAGGAGCUGCAAAGUGAACCAAACAAAAACAUUGAAAAAGUGUUGAGAAUAAGUUUUGACCAAUUAGGGAGAAAAGACAAAAAAGGCUACACAGCCAUCCAGGAUGCUUUUCUUGACAUUGCAUGCUAUUUUCUUGGUGAAGUUGAUAGAGAAUUUGUUGAAAGCAUAAUAGAUCGAGGUGGUGCUUCCAAAAAAAUAAGCGAUCUUAUUGAUAAGUGCUUAAUAAUUGAAGGUCAAAAUGGACUGUCCAUGCAUUCUUUAAUACGACAGAUGGGUCAGACUAUUGUUUGUGAUGAAAGCAAAGAACCUGGAAAUCGUACUAGGCUGUGGAAGGCUAAGGAUAUUUCUCGUGUAUUGGCGAAAAAUACGGGAAGCUAUGAAAUUGAAGGCAUAUUAUUGGAUCAAUCUGAACUGGAAAAUGAUGUACAUGUGAAAUCUACAGCAUUCUCAAAAAUGAACAAUCUGCGAUUCCUUAAAAUGCAUUGUGACAAAAGAUUUGGUUGGAAAGGCAUACUGUUAAGAAAACUAGGAUUGUCUAGGCCGCACAAAAAGGAAUCAUGCAAAAUUAUAUAUCUCCCACCUGAAGGUCUUGAGUCAUUUGAUUCUAAUGAGCUAAGAUAUUUUCAGUGGGAUUCAUACCGUUUUAAAGAUUUGCCAUCAGAUUUCAGGGUAGAGAAUGUUGUUGAACUUGUAAUGCGUGAGAGCCAACUAGUGGAGCUAAAUUGGGAUGAGGAGCAGGUCCCUGUGAAGUUAAAGAAGUUGGAUCUUAGAUAUUCAGAGCACCUUAUUCGAUUCCCAAACUUGAGUGGGGCUAUAAAUCUUGAACGUAUAAAUCUUGAAGGUUGUAAAAAUUUGGUUGAAAUUCCUUCAUUUUUUAAGGAUCUCCACAAGCUUAAGUAUCUAAAUCUGAGUGAUUGUGACAAGCUGGAAGGUGGCAUAGAAAACCUUCCAUUGAAUAUAAGGGAUUUAAAAUUGCGUGGGACAGCAAUUAAAAGUCUACCGGAAUGCAUUUGGAAGAUGAAAUAUCUCAAGGAGAUGGAUAUUUCUCGUUGCCAAAAGCUGGAAAAGCUUCCAGAAAUCCCGGAGGAUUGUACAAGUUCAUCUCUUGGAUAUUUGAAUAUAACCGGUUGUGGGAGAUUGAAAACAAUACCAGAGCUUCCACCAUGUUUAUCUCAUAUCGAAGCAGAGUGUUGCACCUCACUGGAGACAAUAUCAAGUUGGACUUGGAGGACUCCGACUGCAAAAAAAGAAAGACGUUACGUUUAUAAAGUGAACCAUAGUCUAAAAUUGGAUAUCCACACAGGCAACCACGAAAUUGCUGAUUACGGUGGAACUUUGGCUGCUCAGGAUGUAGUUGUAAAAAAAAGACAUUACAUUUAUAAUUUUAGCCGUUGUCUAAAAUUGGAUAGCAACUCACGCAACCAAGUAAUUGCUGAUCGCAGUAGAACUUUGAUUGCUCAGGAUCUGGAUGAUAUUUCAUAUCUUGAAACGGUGUAUCCAGGAGAUGAGAUUCCAGAGUGGUUCAGCCAUAAAACGGAUCGUGGGAACUCAGUCGAUAUCCAGCUUCCUCCAAAUUGGUUUAAUGUUACUGAUACCCGCUUCGAUUUUAUCUUUUGCAUUGUUUUUGUGUAUAGUUCUUCUACAGUAGCUGAGACCCGAUUCGAAUUGAAUUUCAAAACCAACAACAUUAACAGUGAUGAUGACUGUGUUUAUAAUUAUGAUGGUGGUUGGUUGCCUCAUACUGGAAGUAAAGAUGAAGAUCACGUCUUAAUUAGGUGCACAGGGUUCGAUUUGGAAAGUGCAUUUGGGGCAAAGUGGUCCUCUAUUUGUAGCAACUUCACCCAAGUUUCUAUCCGUGUGUUUGUAGAGGGAAAAGAUGUGAAAUGGGAGAUCAAAAAGUGUGGGUUUAAGUUGUUACAUGGGCAGGGUGCAAGUAAAAGACAGUUGGAUGAUGAUCCUAACAUCAAAUUCCAAGAAGAGAUGAAGAAUCUUGAAACCCAGCCGACAGUUAGUUUUGAAUUGGAUGAUAUGUUUAAAUUUAUCUGGUUUGUCAUGCAUGCCCUUGUCAAGCUACUCUCUUUCUCUGUUUCUGGUGGUAAAGCUUUAUCGGUAAAUUGAUAUGAUUUUGUUUUGCUUGUUGUCAUCGAGCAGAUUAUGUGAAGUGCAUGCAAAAACUUCAGCAGACCAAACACAGUGAUGGCUCCUAUUUUACUUUAUGAUUCUCAAAAGGAUAUGGAAAUGCAAAUUUCUGUAAUAUCUAUGCUAUUGUACAAGUAGAAAAUUCAUGUGCUGCUUUUGUUGUCAUUUUUGUUUUUGGAUAUUUUAAUGGAGUUCGGAGAACAAAUAUUGCAUCUUAAUGCUUUCUUAUACUAUUAGAUAAGUAAUUGCAAUGGCCAUAUAUACAUUUAUUCUA